AUGUCUCAAGCAGUUGCAGCUGCAUUCGAGGCUAAUGGCUCACAGCCUGGAGAAGAACCUGGGGUUAAGCUGAAAUGGGCUGCCCUGCUUAUUGUCAUGGUCAUAGUCCCCACUAUUGGAGGAAACAUCCUGGUCAUUCUUGCUGUGUCACUUGAAAGAAAGCUGCAGAACGCCACCAACUACUUUCUAAUGUCGCUUGCUGUGGCUGAUCUGUUGGUGGGACUCCUUGUGAUGCCCAUUGCCCUCGUUACUGUUCUCUACGACUCAGACUGGCCUCUCCCGGAGCCCCUCUGCCCUAUUUGGCUGUUCCUCGAUGUGCUGUUUUCCACCGCAUCCAUCAUGCACCUAUGCGCCAUUUCACUGGAUCGCUACAUUGCCAUCAAGAAGCCAAUCCAACAUAGCCAGUACAAAUCAAGAGCCAAAGCGAUGGUGAAGAUUGCACUGGUGUGGCUCAUAUCGAUUUGUAUUGCGAUCCCAAUUCCGAUUAAAGGGCUUAAGAACAGCCAUCUUCCCAACAACAUCACCUUCAACCGUAACCACACAUGCAUGCUGAAACCAGACACCUUCCAGGAGUUUAUCAUGUUCGGCUCCUUGGCGGCAUUCUUCAUUCCUCUGACCAUCAUGAUGGUCAUCUACCUACUUACUGUCCAGGUGUUGCGCAAAAAAGUUUAUUUGCUCAGGUCAAAGGUGACUCAGCGCUUGAGCAACCCGACAGUCUCCACAGUCUUUCAAAGAGAACAGACUGUGACUCCAUCUCAAGCGGUGCAACUUCACAAUCUGGACAGCAGACUUCCCAGGAUGCAAGAAAAAACAUAUGCAGAAACAACAAACUCGCCUACACGAGACGAAAUAUCUUUUCGGAGAAUGUCAACAAUGGGCAAGAAGUCAAUGCAGACUCUGAGCAAUGAGCAGCGCGCCUCAAAGGUGCUGGGCAUCGUCUUCCUCCUGUUCGUAGUCAUGUGGUGCCCUUUUUUCAUCACUAAUAUCACCUCUGUGCUAUGCACCAGCUGUGAUGUUCAUGUGAUAGCCCGCCUCAUGGAGAUCUUUGUUUGGGUGGGUUAUGUGUCAUCAGGCAUAAACCCAUUAGUCUACACCCUAUUCAACAAAACGUUCAGGCAAGCGUUCACGCGUUACAUGACCUGUAAUUACGAAACUUCUGCUAGCCACGGUCCAGGAAGGCACCCAAGGGCAUCAACUGUAGAUCGGAACCUUACUCGGAUUUCUUUCAGAUCUUCCAUGGCAGAAAACUCUAAACUGUUCAUGAAGUGUGGAAUGAAGAAUGGCAUUGGAGCUGUUAGCUACCAAAGUCCACUGAGGAGCCGGCAAGAACCUGUACCGUCAUCUAGUGGUGUUUUGCUAGAUACAAUGCUUCUGACUGAAUAUGAAGGUAGCAAGCAGGAAGAACAUGUUAGCUGUGUAUAG